CAAAUGUUAAAAUCCUUUGGAAUUAUUUCUGGUUUUCUUUUAAUUAGUCAAGGCAAGGUUAAUUCCUUAACAGAAAACUUUAAUGCAGCAAGACAUGCUUUAUGCAUCCUAUUUCCAGAUUAAAAUUCAGGUGUGAAUGGUGUGGUUUCUUUCUCUUAGGAACAUAUCAAUGCAAAAACAAAGAUUGCUGCAGUAGUAAGAGGAUUGAAGCCCAAUAGUCUUCAUGGAAUUCAUAUUCAUGAAUUUGGAGAUUUAAGUAAUGGAUGUACAACAGCAGGUCCUCAUUUCAAUCCUUUUGAACAAGAGCAUGGAGGUCCAUUGGAUGAAAAAAGACAUGUGGGAGAUUUGGGAAAUAUCAAAACAGAUGAAAGAGGAAAUGGAUAUUUGGCCUAUGAGGAUAACAAGAUUUAAUUAUAUGGAGAGUAUAGGUAAUGAGUAUUUUUAUCAUUAAGUAUUUUGGGAAGAUCCGUGGUUGUGCAUGCAGGAUAAGAUGAUUUAGGAAGAGGAAAUUAAAAAGAUUCAAAAACAACUGGAAAUAGUGGUGCUAGAUUAGCUUGUGGAGUGAUAGGUUUGGCUUCAGGAUUUAAGAAUUUAUAACCAUAUAAAUGAUAAUUAAUAUAUAAC